UUGAGUGAAAGAAAAAUUGUCCACUUUUGGACCCUUUGACAUUCAGGGUCUACCUCUUUUCUACUUCCAUUAAAGCCCACGAGCUGGUUUUACUUCUUUUAACGAAAAGCCAAAGCUCCUCCAUUUGCAAAAGCUAAACAUUUUAACACUCAGUAUCUUGAAAGAGAAGCUCACCGGUCAAAAGGGUCGUCUUUUUUGAGUCGUUUUUUGUGAACCGUUUCAGCUCUGCCACUUUCAGACUCUGUUAGCAGCAAGCAAGUGAUCACUUUGUGGCUACUUCCUGGAAGCUCUUGCUUGCUGAAAUGCUAGUGGGAAAGUUAAAGCUUUGGAGUCUAAUUAAAGGCCUUUGAGAACUAUUUGGUCCCUGUUCGUCUGCUGGGUCUUUUCUUUUUAUCAUCUAUCAAAUACUCCAUCAGGGUUCUUGCUGGCUUUUCUGGAGUGUAAUGAGAUGGGGUUUGGGAUGAGCGGUGACGGUAAAAUGCUGGGAUUGAGAGUGAACCCAAAACACAAGCGUUCAAAAAGCUUUCCAGAGAAGAGAGGAGUGGAGGAAGAUGAUUUGGAUAGUUUGUAUGAAGCAUCAGACCGAGUAAAGCUGGAUAUGGGGCAAUUCAAGGGCCGCGCUACAACCAAGAAGAAACAAUCUCCUACCGUGGAAGUGCACAGCUCUUUAAAGCAAGAGAUUCUACAGCUUGAGAAAAGAUUACAAGAUCAAUUCAAUGUCCGCCAUGCUUUAGAAAAAGCAUUGGGUUAUAGAUCUUCUAUCCUUCACAACACAAAUGAAAUUGCUAUGCCUCAGCCAGCCACAGAAUUGAUUAAGGAGAUUGCAGUAUUGGAAUUGGAAGUUGUUCAUUUAGAACAAUACCUUCUCUCUUUGUAUCGGAAAGCAUUUGAUGGACAAUUGUCCUCUGUUUCCCCAUCUAAGAAGGAUGAACAACUAAAACCAACUCUAACAACCCCAAGAAGCAGGUACCUGGAAGUUUCCGAACCUGAAAUGCCAUCAAAGAGGGAAAAUUUAGCAGUUCAAUCUGGUGGUCAGUCACUUGAAAAUUCAUGGAAGGGAACUAAUGGAAUUGGAGGAGAAGAAAAUCUAUUCGAUUCUGGUGUUCACCGUUGCCACUCCUCACUUUCGCAACGUUCUGCAUUCUUAUCUAGAACUUCUCCUCCAGAAGAGUGUUUGUCGAAAGCUUUGCGUUCAUGUCAUUCUCAACCGUUAUCCAUGAUGGAGUAUGCUCAGAAUACUUCAUCAAAUGUAAUUAGUCUGGCAGAGCAUCUUGGUACACGCAUUGCUGAUCAUAUUCCAGAAACACCUAAUAGGCUUUCGGAGGACAUGAUCAAGUGCAUGUCCACUAUAUAUUGCAAGCUUGCAGAACCACCCUUGACAAAUAAUGGCCUUUCAUCCCCCAAUUCAUCUUUGUCAUCAACAAGUGCAUUUUCUCCACGAGAUCAGAGUGAAAUGUGGAGUCCAACGUUCAGGAAUAAUUCAUCUUUUGAUGUACGAUUGGAUAAUCCUUUUCAUGUUGAAGGACUUAAAGAGUUUAGCGGGCCAUACAGCACAAUGGUUGAAGUGCCAUGGAUUUAUAGAGAUAGUAAAAAAUUAGGCGAUAUAGAGCACUUGCUACAACAUUUUAGGUCACUUAUCUGUCGUCUAGAGGAAGUAGACCCAAGAAAGUUGAAAAAUGAUGAGAAAUUAGCCUUCUGGAUUAAUGUACACAAUACGUUGGUGAUGCAUGCAUAUUUGGCUUAUGGGAUUCCACAAAACAAUGUAAAGAGGGUGUUUUUACUUUUAAAGGCUGCAUAUAACAUCGGGGGCCACACAAUCAGUGCAGACACAAUGCAGAGCUCUAUCCUUGAAUGCCGAAUGUCUCGCCCAGGACAGUGGCUUCGCUUGUUGCUUACUCCAAGGAACAAAUUCAAGACUGGGGAUGAACGGCAAGCAUAUGCCAUCGACCAUCCAGAACCCCUUCUUCACUUUGCACUUUGUUCAGGAAGCCAUUCUGAUCCUGCGGUUCGUGUAUACACACCCAAGAGAGUAUUUCAGGAACUGGAAGCUGCAAAAGAUGAGUACAUUCGAGCUACCUUUGGCGUGCGCAAGGACCACAAAAUUCUUCUGCCCAAGAUUGUUGAGGCAUUUGCGAAGAGUGCAGGUUUGUGUCCGGUUGGUGUUUUGGAGAUGAUCCAACAAUCAGUGCCUGAAUCUUUGAGGAAGCUUGUGAAAUCUCGUAAGAGCAUUGAGUGGAUUCCUCACAAUUUCACUUUUCGGUAUCUAAUUUCUAAAGAGCUGGUGAAGUGAAACGUUUGUAUGGGGUGAUACAUACAGUAAUAUACAUUGUUCCUAGGCUUUUUAUUGUUAGAAGGAUUUCAAUUUUCAUGCAUAUCUUCUGUACAAAGUAGAAUAUGAACCAGAAAAAGAGGCAAAAGGGGAAAAAAAAAAGUGAGGGCUGGAGAAUAGAAUGGUGUAACCUGCAGUAUUUUGUAUCUGCACUGUCUGUAUCAGGCUCUGCAAAGUCUGCAAUUGCUGUAAUCUUUCUGUGAACGAAUUGAAAUGGCGCAUUUAGCGUUGUAAAUAUAUCU